AUGCAUCUGAGUGCUGAGUGGCUUUGCUUUUAUUUUCUUCUUAUUCGCGCGUGCUUGGCAUUCCAAGAUCCUUUUUCACUUUUCCCAAAAGAGGUCAAAGUUCCUCCUGGUCCGAAAGAGAUUGGAACUUCUGUUAGUGUUCGAACCCAUAGUUCAUGUGAUGAAAAUCGCUCAAAUCAGUUGAAUCAUUUUUUGUUUGCUCAACAAUUCUACCGCUUGUAUUCUAUGGCAGUUGCACAAAGGGCUGCAAUCCUCUCGCGUUACAGUAAUGGUCCUCCAGACUCCUGCAUACCUGAGUCUGAUCGAACCAUCUGGCACAAAAUAUUCCAUAGAUUUAGUCUAAGAACUGAUGAUAACUGCGAACUUUACUAUCAAGCAAUAUCCACGACGCCUAUCUCGAGUAUACAUUCUGGCAGACCCGCGUAA